AUAUAAAUCUAGGGUUUGCACGCCGCUGCUCCGCCUCUUGACUCAAAUUAUAAACCCCCCCUGCCUACAUUUGAGGCUUCAUCGCUGCCCCUCUUUCAAACUCAAUUCAAGCCAUGGCGGACAAGAAUGUUACCAUCCGAACCCGAAAGUUCAUGACCAACAGGCUUCUCUCCCGCAAACAAUUCAUCAUUGAUGUUCUUCAUCCCGGAAAAGCUAAUGUCUCAAAGGCUGAGUUGAAGCAGAAGUUGGCUGACUUGUAUUCCGUCAAGGACACACAAGCUAUCUCUGUUUUCAAGUUCCGUACUCACUUUGGUGGUGGAAAGUCAACCGGAUUUGGGUUGAUUUACGACUCCGUUGAGAGUGCUAAGAAAUAUGAACCCAAGUACAGACUGAUUAGGAAUGGACUUGAUACCAAGAUUGAGAAAUCAAGGAAGCAACUUAAGGAGAGGAAGAACCGUGCCAAGAAAAUCCGUGGUGUGAAGAAGACCAAGGCCGGAGAUGCUGCCAAGGGCGGAAAGAAGAAAUGAGCAUUAGGAUUUUUCUUUACAAUAUUUAUUGUACUAGAAACUAUUUCAUUUCAUCAAAUGUGAUAUUGUGGUGAUACCUGUGACAUUAUUGGAAGAGUACCUUUUUGUUUUUACCCAUCA